CCUGCGCCGCCGCGGCAGCGACCGAGCCCGGCGAGAACCGCACUCGGGCCGCCGCCGCCGCCAGGCAUCGGCCGCGCUCCGCCAAGGCCGCCGCCGCCUCCCUCCGUCUCCGGCUUCUCUACCGGGAGCGCCAAGUAGGGAUAUGUCCUCAGCACCAACUACUCCUCCAUCAGUGGAUAAAGUAGACGGAUUUUCUCGGAAGUCCGUCAGAAAAGCCAGACAGAAGAGGUCACAAAGCUCCUCCCAGUUUAGGUCUCAGGGCAAGCCUAUCGAGUUAACUCCCCUGCCUCUGCUAAAAGACGUUCCAUCUUCAGAGCAGCCUGAACUGUUCCUAAAGAAACUUCAACAGUGCUGUGUCAUUUUUGACUUCAUGGACACGCUUUCAGACCUUAAAAUGAAAGAAUACAAGCGCUCCACUCUUAAUGAACUGGUGGACUACAUUACAAUAAGCAGAGGCUGUUUGACAGAGCAGACUUACCCUGAAGUAGUUAGAAUGGUAUCUUGCAAUAUCUUCAGAACUCUCCCACCUAGUGACAGCAAUGAAUUUGAUCCAGAAGAAGAUGAGCCCACCUUGGAGGCAUCGUGGCCGCAUUUACAGCUUGUAUAUGAGUUUUUCAUACGAUUUUUGGAAAGCCAAGAAUUUCAGCCCAGCAUUGCCAAAAAGUACAUAGAUCAAAAAUUUGUAUUGCAGCUGUUGGAGCUUUUUGACAGUGAAGACCCUCGAGAACGAGACUACCUAAAAACAGUCUUGCACAGAAUUUAUGGCAAGUUCCUGGGUCUUAGAGCAUUUAUCCGAAAACAGAUUAAUAAUAUUUUUCUACGAUUUGUUUAUGAAACUGAACACUUCAAUGGCGUAGCUGAACUGUUGGAAAUUUUAGGAAGUAUUAUCAAUGGUUUUGCUUUACCUCUCAAGGCAGAGCAUAAACAGUUUCUGGUGAAGGUGCUGAUCCCUUUACACACUGUCAGGAGUUUAUCACUCUUCCAUGCACAGCUGGCAUAUUGCAUAGUACAGUUUCUGGAGAAAGACCCCUCACUCACAGAACCAGUCAUUAGAGGUUUAAUGAAAUUCUGGCCAAAAACCUGCAGUCAGAAAGAGGUCAUGUUCCUAGGAGAGCUGGAGGAAAUCUUGGAUGUAAUUGAACCAUCACAAUUUGUGAAAAUCCAGGAACCCUUGUUUAAACAAAUUGCCAAGUGUGUUUCUAGCCCUCAUUUUCAGGUGGCUGAAAGAGCGCUGUAUUAUUGGAAUAAUGAAUACAUCAUGAGUUUGAUAGAGGAGAACUCAAACGUUAUACUUCCCAUCAUGUUUUCCAGCCUUUACAGGAUUUCUAAAGAACACUGGAAUCCGGCUAUUGUGGCUUUAGUCUACAAUGUGUUGAAGGCAUUUAUGGAAAUGAACAGCACCAUGUUUGACGAGCUGACAGCCACUUACAAGUCAGAUCGUCAGCGUGAGAAGAAGAAAGAGAAAGAGCGUGAAGAACUGUGGAAAAAACUGGAGGAUUUGGAAUUAAAGAGAGGUCUUAGACGUGAUGGAAUAAUUCCAACUUAACAAAAAAACAAAACAGCAUUAUUAACCUGUGGAGUCACACAUUUAUGUAGUAGAAGAUGGAGCAACAGUUUUCUGUAUUGUGCAACUUUACAGUAGAUUUCACAUUUGUUUCAUUAUUACAACAGCACUGUAUAUACCUGUCUCUAAGUAAAGGAAAAAAUAAGGACUUUAAUCCAAAGUUUGGACAACAGAUGGACUUCUCAGAACUUUGCAAACAUAAUCAUUGUUUUAACCCUUCUUUAAAACCAGUCUUCAAAGAUCUGUUGAUGAAAAUUGCAAUGUCAGAUUCCAUUGUCAGGACCUGUUCCUUAUUUAUCGUUAGCAGAGAGUAUAAUACAACUUUCAAAUGUGAACAAUCUUAAAAUUUAGCUUGUCUUUCUGCUAAACUGUUACGUGUAUUUAUAGUAAAAGAGAAAAAAAAGACUGUCAUUUCCUUAUGAGUUUGUGUAACAUCCUCCUUCUCUGGAUAACUUUACUGUAAUUUGACUUUCUUUUCCUUUUGCACAUCUUCAUAAGUUGAAUGUCCAUUCAGAUCAGGGCCAUGAAAAACGUUGGUCCUGAAUAAAAGUUUUGUUUACUGGUGUGAGCAUUUUCUUAGUACCAGGCUGUCUCUGGUGCUUCCUUAAUUUGAACAUUAGGAAUUAAAAAACGUGUAGGUGAUAAACAUAGUAGGAAAGGGAGCUUUGGAUUCGUGCACCUAUUUAUUGCAAAUCCAAAUUAGUGUCCACAAUCCUUGGAAUAAAAAAAAAAAACAAGAGGGCAGUGGUAACACCCUGGACUUCAGUACCAAACCAGUAUUAGUGAUACAGCAUUGGGCACACAUACCAGGGUUGGUUUAGAAACACUUAAUUGCUGAAUUAUUACAGUAUGUUCUUGUUGGACCAUUGAGAAAGAAUAAAGACACAUGCUAAACAACAUAAAAUUGAUCUCCAGUGGUCAUGGAUCUAAUUGGAAAUUGAGUUGAGAUAGCAGUUUGGACAGUUUGGAGUUGUUGCCUUACUUUUUAAUAUGUAUUUAUAAAGUGUUCCAGCAAAAGAGGAUGUAGCCUCUAAGAAACAUACUCUAGUGUUUUUGUGGUUCUAGUACUAUUACUCAUCACAGUACCAGCCCUAUGGUCUUAGCUGGAAAGGAUUCUGGAUUAUACACUUCUGCAUUCUCAUCUGGAUGCUCAUUCCUAACUACUGUAUUUGUUACCAAAAAUGGUUCUACAAAUGCUACUGAAAAAAAAAAUUCUGGAAAUCCUAAUGUUCUGAGUAUUAAUAAUAAAGUUUAAAAUGCUUUUAUAUCAAAGGUGCAUUGUGACCAAAUUGUUUAAAACAAAAGAGGAAAAAAAAAUACAAAAACAAAGAAGAGGGCUGUAUUAUAAGUAUACAUUAUUGGCUAUCUGCUUUGUAUUUGAAAGUGGAAUCUUACAUCUUUGGUAGGUAAAAUGCUGAUAAGACUUAUGUACAGUAUAUAUUUAGCUAAUGCAGUUGCAUUAUUCUAUACCGAAGGGUAUGUGUUUCAGGAUUUUUCUCCAGGAUGCUUUUGAACUGUUAUAGACAUAUGACAACAGUGAAUUGAUAAUCCUAAACCAUCAAUCCAGCAGUAUUUACAGUAUAAAAAUGAAUUGGUGUUCAUGAGUCUUUGUGAUAGUUGCAAACAUGAAUUUAUGACCUGUUGCCAUUGAUAGAAAUACAGUAUAAAUACAAGCUUGUAUAUUUUUCUUCCUACCAUUUAAAUAUACAGUAGAAUUUGAAGUUUUCUUCUUUUCAGGCAUGGAAAAAAGGUAAAAAGGAAUUCCCUCCUAGACUACUGACUGUUUCAGGAUUAUCAGGUCACAGUUUGUUCUCCUGGGUCUGCACACACAAAUGUUGUAAACUCAAGGUUUUGUAAGAACUUGACACUGUUAAUUCUGGAAAAAAAAAAAAAAAGUGGAA